UACAUGUGUGCGGCCGCAUUCUUUCUAUAAUUAUUAUAAGCAAAAUCAGGAGUAGGGUAUGCAUCUAGUUUAUGUCUCUGCUGCAGGCGAGCCGGUGAAAAUGCCGCCGGAGAUAGAGGGAGUAGUUGCUAAAUACCGUGAUCUAUUUGAAGAGCCGACAGGGGUUGUUGAGAGGGAGGUCGUCCAUGCGACAAAGAUUAUCCCAGGUUCUAGCAUUCUAAAGGGAAGGAUCUAUCGGAUGUCUCCAGGCGAGCUUGAUGAGCUUUGCCGGCAACUCAAGGAACUCGUAGAAAAGGGUUGGAUCCGACCAAGUGUUUCUCCUUAUGGGUCUCCAGUCCUAUUUGUACCCAAGAAGAAGGAAGGAACACUUAGGAUGUGCCUUGACAAUAGGGGCCUCAAUGCCAUCACUGUCAAGAACAGAGAGCCCCUACCGCGCAUCGAUGACUUGCUAGAUAGGGUGCAAGGGUGUCGAUACUUCAGUAAGAUAGAUCUGAAGUCUGGGUACCAUCAGAUCGCAAUCCGGCCCGAGGAUCAACACAAAACCGCUUUUCAAACCAGGUACGGUCUGUACGAAUUUGUGGUGAUGCCUUUCAGCCUUUGCAAUGCUCCUGGCACCUUUCAGCACACUAUGAAUCAGAUAUUUCAUGACUACUUGGAUAAGUUUGUCAUCGUGUACCUCGAUGACAUACUUAUUUUUAGUAAGACUGUCGAGGAGCACGUUGCGCACUUGGACAAAGUCCUUAGUCUUCUGCGACAGCACAAGUUCAAGAUCAACGGUGAGAAGUGCGAGUUUGGCCGCACCUGUGUCUUGUACUUGGGUCAUGAGAUUUUCGCGGAGGGAUUAAAGCCCGAUGACGCGAAGGUGGCCAGCAUUCGUGACUGGCCGCAUCCUCAGUCUGUGACUGAGAUGAGGUCUUUCUUAGGAAUGACCGGCUACUAUCGCAAUUUCGUGAAGAACUAUAGCAUAGUUGCCGCCCCUUUGACUGACCUGACUCGCCUUGACACCCCAUGGGAGUGGACAGACAGAUGUGAGGCUGCUUUCAGACAUCUGAAGCAUGCGUUGACGCAUCGUGAGGUCUUGAAACUUCCUGAUCCUGACAAGCCAUUUAUACUGCGUGAUCGUGACUGUCAGCCAUAUGAUGCCAGGAAGAAGCAGCAGCAGCAGCAGCCAUGGCGUUGGCAGCAUGACGAGGCUACGGGUCAUCGACAGCUGUCCCCUACCGCUGGUUAUGUUAUCAAAGGCAAUAACGCUGUGGGAAGGAGAGCUGAUAAAGUCGAUGGCCAGGGAGAAGAAUUGGAUGACGGUGGUGAUGGCCACUGUUUCAGGAUUUUGCAAGGCUCUUGGACACCACACGACAGGUACAAGAAGCACUCAAGUUCUCGAGAGGAUGGGGCAGUCGACACGAAGUCUAGGGAGGGGAACAAUGAUCUUGAAAUGGGAUCAUCAGGGAUCCCCCCCCAUGGAACACAGAAGUCAUCCCUAGAAAACACCAACCACAGUCCACCUGAUUCUGCUAUGUCAGAUGAGCAGGAGUCGAGCCACAGCAAACACCAGGUCCAUCACCCCUUUUCAAAUCAGGGGUCCCAGCCUGGACAUCUCUGCCAGUCCGAACAGGAUGGCCAGAGUGCAAAAAGGUCAAACCAGAGGAACUCCUUUGCUUGGAGUGGGGGAGAGCACUCGAAAAAGCAGAAGAAGCAGCAGCAUAAUUGUCGCAAUCACGAUGAUAAUCCCAAGGACGAGGAUGAGGACUCGUACAGUUCAGAGCAACAGCAGAAGGAGCAAGAGCUCUCUGGAAGUGGUUGCAGAGAAACUGAUUCCCUGGCAAUACAUAUACGCUCCUUGUCGAAGCCUUCUCCUGCUUCUCAAAAUAGUCAUCCUGAUGAUACGAGGCUUUGCAAUUCCUCAGAUUUUCCAUGGAGGAAUGCAUCACGAUGGGAAAGUGGACGGGGAGGUGAGAUGAGGAGAAGCAAUGGCUCUGGAGGGCACUGUGGGAUCGGCCACGAACCAGCUCAGGAAUCCAGUGGAGCGAAAGAGCAUGGUAUCGGUGAGAGAAGCACUGGGCCUACCGUGAAGAUGGAGGAGUCAAAGCAAAAGCACCCGGAUAAGUCGCAGCACAAUACUAAGUGCCUCUCAUCAGCUGGAGAAACUUUGGCUGUAGAAGGCACGGAGGCUCGGCGUAUCAUACCUCUCUUUGAGAAGAUGCUGAGUGCAACGGAUGCAGGUCGCAUAGGACGCCUUGUGCUUCCCAAGGCGUAUGCAGAGGCAUAUUUCCCACCCAUACCCCAUCCAGAGGGAAUAGCAUUGAAGAUUGAAGAUCAGACCGGACGGGAGUGGACUUUCCAGUUUCGCUACUGGCCCAAUAACAACAGCCGCAUGUACGUCUUGGAAGGAGUAAUGGGCUGCAUGAACCACCUUCAGCUUCAUGCCGGCGAUACAGUGACCUUCAGCAGGCUCGAGCCGGGGGGAAGGCUUCUUCUCGGGUACAGGAGAGCAAUUCGGAAUAGCGAUGGUUGUGUCAUCGCAAGCUCUGGCAGUGGCAGAAGUAUCGCAAAGAUCUCGCUGUCUCCUGCAACGACAUGCAGCAAGUCGUCACCAGGCAUAGGGAAAAGCAAUGCCGCAUAUGACGAAGCGGCCAUGUACGAUGGACGACAUCCGGCAGGGCAUGCGCAGCAUGUCUGUUCCAACAUGCAGCAACCUUCCAACUCAGGAGGUCAAGAUGAUGGCCGUGGAGGCGGCGGGAAAAGGAAGGGCCCUGGAAGGCCACCCGGUUCCCGGAAAAAGAAACUGAGAAGUAGUGUUGAAGGCAGGCAAGCACCAGGGAGCGGUCCUGACGAGUUGUCAGAUGGUGCAGGGUCCGAUGACUCUCACGAAUGGACAAGGACGGCAACAUUUGCUCAGGAAAGAACAGACAAGAAGUUUGAAGCAAAUGCAGUUGAGAAGUCUGAGGUGAGACAUGCAUCCUAAUUUUCAAUUAGCCACAUCCAAGCGAGUCCUUAAUUUUAAGCUCGUCUCCUCAAGGAGGUAUACAAUAACAUGCAUUGAACUGCAUGUUUAUUUUUUUAAAAAGAAAAAUAAAGAACUAAAUAAUUUAACAAAUAAAUAAAAUAAUA